AUGUCCAGCAAGUCCGAGUCCUCUGGCCUCGAGGGCGAGCCGCGACACCUGUCGGUGGUGGGAGGCGAGCACAUGGGUUCCGACGGCGACGCAGGCGUCCGCGACGCCGUUGGAUGGGUCGGAACCGUGGCACUCAUGAUGAAGACGCAGAUUGGCCUGGGCGUCUUGUCGAUACCGGCGACAUUCGACACUCUGGGGCUCAUCCCGGGCCUCAUUUGCCUGCUGGCCAUCGCGGGCAUUACUACGUGGUCGGACCACAUUGUCGGCGUCUUCAAGCGGCGGCAUCCAGAGGUGUAUGGCAUCGAUGACGCUGGUGGCUUAAUGUUUGGCCGCAUCGGGCGGGAAGCUUUUGGCGCCGCCUUUUGCGUUUAUUGGAUCUUUGUUGCCGGGUCAGGAAUGCUGGGCAUUUCCAUCAGCCUCAACGCCAUGUCGUCUCACGGCGCAUGUACGGCCGUCUUUGUCGCCGUCGCCGCCAUCAUCGGCUUCAUUCUCUCGAGCAUCCGCACGCUAGGCCGCAUCAGCUGGCUGGCAUGGAUAGGGCUCACCGGAAUCCUUGUUUCAAUCGUGCUGGUGACCAUCGCCGUGGGCGUUCAGGACCGUCCCGCGGCCGCGCCGCAGCAGGGCCCGUGGGUGUCGGGCUUUGAGCUCUUCAAGACGCCGUCCUUUACUUCGGCCGUUUCGGCCAUAUCGUCCAUUGUUUUUGCCUAUGCGGGCACCCCGGCCUUCUUCGCCAUCGCGGCCGAGAUGCGCGAGCCGCGCCAUUACACGAGGUGUCUGCUCAUCUGCCAGACUGGGGUGACGGUGACAUAUGUAUCGAUUGGCGCCGUCGUCUAUUACUUUUGCGGCUCCUACGUUGCGUCUCCGGCCCUGGGUUCUGCCGGCGCAGUAGUCAAGAGGAUCGCGUAUGGCCUGGCCCUUCCGGGUCUUGUAGCAACAACAACCAUUGUUAUCCACUUUCCGGCCAAGUAUGCUUUUGUUCGUAUCUUGCGCGGAUCAAGGCAUCUGACGGCAAACAACCUUGUUCACUGGGCGACUUGGCUCAGUUGUACCUUGGUCACCACAGUCAUUGCCUACCUCAUAGCCAGUGGCAUCCCCGUCUUUGGCGGCUUGGUCUCCCUCAUUGGGGCCCUCCUCGGUACACUCAUGUCUUUCCAGCCCAUGGGCUGCAUGUGGUUGUACGAUAAUUGGAGCAAGGGCAAACAAGAUAGAACCAUCAAGUGGGUCUUGAUGGUUAUUUUCAGUGUCUUUGUAGUUGUAUCAGGCACUUUUUUGAUGAUUACCGGGACUUAUGGGUCAGUUGUCGGCAUUAUAGACUCGUACAAGAAGAGCGGAGGGUCUGGAGCGUGGACGUGUGCGGACAACUCCAACUCGGCAUAA